AUGGCUGGGUGGUUCUCGUCAGGCACGUCUGUGCUCGACGAGCAGAUCGAAAAAGCCACCUCCUCUAGUUUGGAGGAUAUUGCAACCUCACUCGAAAUAACGGACCUCAUCCGAUCAAAGACAGUCCAGCCUAAAGAGGCCAUGCGAUCGUUGAAGAGGCGGAUAGGCAACAAGAAUCCCAACGUUCAAUUAUCGGCCCUGAAGCUCACAGACACGUGCGUCAAGAAUGGUGGCUCCCAUUUCCUCACAGAGAUUGCUUCCCGUGAAUUCAUGGACAAUCUGGUCUCGCUCCUCAAAGCUUACGGAGCCGCCGCAGUCAACGAAGAGGUCAAACAAAAGAUCUUGGAGCUGAUCCAGAGCUGGGCUAGUGCCACUCAGGGAAGAUACGAUUUGUCAUAUAUCAACCAGGUCUACCAGAGCCUGCAGACGGAGGGUUUCAAAUUUCCUCCCAAAAUCGAGAUCUCCAGCAGCAUGCUCGACAGCAGUGCCCCUCCCGAGUGGACAGACAGCGAUGUCUGCAUGCGGUGCAGAACCUCAUUCACCUUGACAAAUAGAAAGCAUCAUUGCAGGAAUUGUGGCAACGUCUUUGACCAACAGUGCUCAUCCAAGUCAAUCCCGCUCCCGCAUCUGGGCAUCAUACAGCCUGUGCGGGUCGACGACGGCUGUUACGACAAAUUGACCAAAAAGUCCGGUGGUGGCACCGAUCGCCGUGUCUCCUUUGCACCCAAACCGAGCUCGAUGCAACCCCGAAGCGCGCGAGUAGAAAACAACAGCAGUUUUGACGAGGACCUGAAAAGAGCAUUAGAGAUGAGUCUAGAAGAGGCCAAGGGAGUUUCGAGCUCAGGCUACGUUCCGCAAUCGCAGCCAAAGCAAGAGCCGACAAAGACAAAUGCUGUGCCGAACGAAGAAGAAGACGACCCGGAUUUGAAAGCUGCCAUCGCGCUGUCCUUGAAAGAAGCCGAGGAACAAGCCAAGAAGCAUGCUGCUUCUCUCAAGAAAACCACCACCGACGGAGCAACCUCUGCUCAGCCCUUUGUCAUGCCAAAGAACGAUUAUGAGUUAUCCGUAAUGGAGGCUGAGAAUAUCAACCUGUUUGCCACUUUGGUCGAUCGUUUGCAGCACCAGCCGCCAGGCACAAUCUUACGCGAGCCUCAGAUCCAGGAGCUCUACGAGAGCAUUGGAAAGCUUCGACCGAAGUUGGCGCGUACUCUGGGCGAGACAAUGUCCAAAAACGAUGCGUUGCUCGAUCUACAUGCAAAACUAUCAACCGUCGUGCGGUACUACGAUCGAAUGCUUGAAGAACGGUUGAACAACACUUAUAACCAGAGAAAUCCGGGAUACGCGGCUUACGGAAUGCCCUCCCCUGCGGCGCCUCAGGGCAUGUAUCCCUCAAUAUCGUCGGGACCCCCGCCAGCGAUGAAUUCUGGUGCUGGUGGCGCGGAGAAUUACUACUUCAACAAUGCACCAGUCGAGACUUAUGCUCCCCCCGCCCAACCCACACCCAUCCCUCAGCCUCAGCGUUCCUAUUCGUAUUCGAGCCAGAAGCAAGAGACUCCUGGCUCGCCAUAUCAGUAUGCGGCUCAGCUGCCACCACAACAGCAUCAACCUAUGCCCCAACCUGGACAGUUUAACCAGCCACCUUCGCCGCAGAUGUACCAACAUCAACCCACUCCGCAGCAACCCUACCCAUCUCAGUCCUCUCAAGCACCAUCCAUGUAUCCUCAAAUGCCUCCCCCAGAUCCCCAGCAGACUCCGACGCCCUACGCCCAGAUGCCACAGAUGCCGCCUGAGGCUCCCACUCCCCAGCCUCAACAUCAGUAUCACCAACACCCACCUCAGCAAGCCUCACAACAGUCUUAUCAACAGCGACAACCACCCCCUCCAGAGCAAACACAGGCUCCAUCACAAGGAUACCCACAACAGCAGCAAUUUGCUCCACAGUAUCAGCAACCUCCGCAGCAACAACCACCACCGAUGUCCACAGGUGGCUCGUAUGGAACAACCUACCCCACCUAUACGCAGGACCAAUUCCCUUCUGCACCGCAACAUAUGCCGGUUGCGUACAACCAAUCUGCCGCACAUCCUGCGCAGCAGCAGCCAGUCGCUGUGGAGGAAAGCCUGAUUGAGCUUUGA